UGGGGAGUGCAGCUAGGGAGUUUCUAUUGAUAAUUCAUUUCGCCAAGGUCCGUAUUUAUACUUAACAUAAAUAUACAUCGUUCUGUAGCCAUUUCUAACAUCAAUGAAGUGUAGUAAUCCUUCGAUAAUAGUAUUUUUCUUUAAUAGUGUUAGAACACACUCACCCUACCCUACAUAGUCUGUUUCUGUCGUCCAUAUUAUAUGUAAAAGCAUUAACCAGCGGUUAUCCUGUUGCUACGUCUGGAAAUCGAUUAUUUGCGUUGAAUUUGACUACUUUUGGUGGCAAAUUAGAGAAGGAUGACCUGUAAACACUGAAAAUAAUACCUAAACAUGCUUAGUUAGAGUCAGUAAAGUAUUGGAAAUACGCCAUGUUUACAAAGCUGAGGCACGAAGAGGUCCGCCGAAUCCUUGACAAUGUUGAUUUACCAGGAUCUGCAGUUAAAGACCUAAAGUUUGCUCUCGCCAUUAAAGCGGAGAGACGGAAAACAAUUGAACAAGGGACAAGUGAUCAGGAUGUGAAGAUUGCUGCAGCUAUUGAAAUUCAACGUGUAUGGAGAGGCUAUUACACCAGGCAAAAAACAAUUGAACAAGGGACAAGUGAUCAGGAUGUGAAGAUUGCUGCAGCUAUUGAAAUUCAACGUGUAUGGAGAGGCUAUUACACCAGGUGCAAGCUGUUUGGAAUUCUUCACCCAAGUGCUAGUGUCAUGUCUACAGUCCUUGGCAGCAGAUUCAUUCAAAGUCCAUCAAGGCUUAGUGAUGUAAGGACAGUCACUCCCAUGGUUCCUCACACCACACCGCAGCCUUCAACUUCCAGGAAGGGGCUUCAAUUUUUAACANGAUAUUACAGAGAUCUCAUCAACUUUAAAUGUCGUGGAGACCCUUCUUUAAUGCUUAAAUGUAUUAAUCCAAGAGAGGCUGAACUUUUAGAUGCAGCUGCUGGUGUGCACAUUAAGUUUAGGCUGGCAGGAGAAAAAUUUCCGCCCAAUAUCUACUACAAGAUUUUCACUCACCACAAUAUUGUUGACAUGUGCGCUAAUGCACCAAGAGAUUACACAAAAGCUUCCACAAAACGACUCCCUGUGGAAUAUAUACACAACAAAGGACAGAGAGCAGAUGAAGAUGAUAAGUUAGGCUGGUAUCAGAGGUGGGAAAAUAAUGGUUGGAGGCUGGUCUCUGACAGAGUGAUGAAGAGAGUGGAUCAAGACCCAGUUGUUUAUGAGUCAACAUUGAAAAAGGAACUUUUCAGUCAUAACAAGGUAAUCGUACUUUUUUUGCUGUUUCCAUUUUAUUUCUUGGGGGUUUUGGGGGAGAAGGGGAAGGGGUCAGUUCCAGAGAGUUGCCAGUACUGGCUUUCUGUACGCUUGGCUUAUGGUACUCAGGGCUCAAAAAAGUACCAUCCAGUCGUCGGGGACAAGUACAAGGAGGGUAUGCUAAAGGCCAGGCAUGGAGGAGAUGUAGAGACAAAGAAAGUUGUGCAGUCAGUAGCUGAAGGAAUGCUUGCUAUCACAGACACCCGCGGCCAGGAUGCUGUGGAAGAUUGGGAGGUGGAUGAACUAUUGGAGUGGACUAAUGGACUGAAUUUUGACCAGUAUAUAUAUGACUGGAAAGAGAUUGCCACAAGUGCAGGCUCAGAAUACCAAACAGAGCAAACCAAGUUUUUGCCAGAUGAUCCCUUCUCAUUGACUUUAAUGUCUAGAUAGCAGUAGUUUUCUUUGUGUGUUUGGUUAUGUAUUUGUAUUUAUAUUGUGAAUCAUAGUGUAAGAUACAUGUAGCUGUUGUGGUAGUGAAUAAAUGCACAUAUUUUGUCUUUCUGUAAUUAUAGUGAAUAAAAUUAUUUAUCAGAGUGUGAGACAGUAACAGAGUGUAAGAAAAAACAUAAAUUAAAUAAAAACAGACAUUUUUUCAUA